GUGCAGGGACGGGACCGUGGAGGGGCCGCGCCGAGUGAGGGGCGACAUGUGAGGGGCCUGGGACAGCGGGCGGAGCGCGGUCUCUGCCAGAGGAUGUGUUUGUCUGUGAUAACUUCCUUCCAAUUCUGGCAUUUUCAGCCCUACCCAGAGGAGAUAGUGAGGUAAUGCCAUACUUGGGACUAAGAUAUGGAAAGCAGGGAUGUGGUGAAUUCUGGACAAGAAACCCCUUCAUCCUCUGCAGACUCUGAUGUCAGAAACACCCACAGCUCUGUCUGUAACUUGAAUUCUAACAGAAGUCCUUCAUCCAAUCCCAGUGGAGUUUCUGGUUACUCAGGGAAUACCAGGUCCUCAUUAAAGCCUGAUUCUGUUGAGCUGCUUGCCUCCUUUAUACAAGAUAUCCAGAACAUUGGACAUGCUGACUCAGAAAUUGUGAGGAACUGUGAGACAAGGUGGCUUCAGCUGCUGAGGCUGGUAGAAAAACAAUGCCAGGAACAAAUAAAUGCCCAGCAAGAGCAGUUCCACCAUCAAAUCCAGCUGAUUCAGGAUGAGAUAAAGCAGCUGGUGAGGUUGCAGAGCAGCAGGAGCCGGGCUUUGCUCACAGACACCUUUCCCAUGGGGAUGCGCUCGGAGGCGUUCGAGGAGCAGGAGAGCCUGGUGAGCCAGCUGAGAUCCGGCGAGGGGGAAGCACGGCCCGAGGGGGAGGCACGGCAGGAAUGUGCGCGCAGCAGCAGCGAGGCCUCCAUGAACAGCGGCUACGGCUCCCUGUCCACCUGCGAGCUGAGCCCCGCCCAGCCCGGCGCAGGAGCGGGGCCGCACCGAGAUACGGACAGCUCGCAAAAUAAAAGAGAACUUUCAGCAAAAAAACCAGAGGGAAAUCCUUCUGUGGCACAGAGUGAUGCUUUAGUUUUUCCUGCUGGGUUUGAACAUAAAGCUGAUGAGGAUCAUCAACGUGGGAAAAAACCCAGUAAAUCUUUAACAUCAUGGGCACAAAAGUUGAAACAAACCCAACCAAAAAGAGUAACUGCAGAUGAAGCAUGUGUUAACUCUAUGCAAGAAAAUGAGAGAAUGAAGAGGUUGCCACUUGAGAACGCAAACCUUACUGAUGCUGCUUUGCCACCAUACACUUUUUACCUCAAUCAACCCAAGGAAAGUCCAAAUUCCGUAGUGUCAGAAGCUUCAGGACUUUCAUACUGGAAGUUAGAUGAAAAGGAGAUGUAUCACACUUUACCAGAGAAUUUCAGAAGUGAGUUGCCUGAUGUUUUCUCCACAAAAGUAUCACCAGUUCAGUUGCCUUCUGCUGAUGAAAGGAAGCUGUCAUCACUGAAGGAUAUUUAUCAUAAAAGACAAAGGGAGAACAAGCAGAUGCCAGACCAGAGUUUUAUGCCUCCUUCCCAGCCAAGUCACCCACCAGAGAUCUUGACGUUGGACCCAACCCUGCAUAUGAAACCAGGCCAGCAGAACCAGGGACGCUGUUUUUUCAAUGCUCCUGAAGACUCCACUCCCUUUUCUCCAGACUCUAUGGCAGAGCCUGGAUUUCCAAGUCAUUGUGACACAGACUCUUUUUCACAGACAAGUCAUUCAUCUCAGUUAGAUGAUUCUCCAACACAGACUGCCAGCAGCAGAGCUGUGCACUUGGACCUGUGGAGAAAUCACCCAUUCCAGAGUGAGAACAGGGCCAGCUCUCCCUUCCCAGUGGCAUACAGGGAUGCUGACAAUGAUCAUUCAGUCAACACUGAGGAGGAAGAAACACUGACUCUAACUCCAUCUUCUGUUACUCAGUGUGCUGACAGCAGUUUGCCAGAUUACAGCCUUUCAGUGGCAUCUGUUGAAGAUCCUGUGGUAAUGUCAAAGAUUAGGCAGAACCUGAGGGAAAAACACGCUCGACACAUUGCUGAUCUACGAGCUUACUAUGACUCUGAGAUACAGAGCUUAAAACAGCAGCUGGAGUCAAGCCACAGAACUGCUGCAUCCCAGGACCUGAAGAAAAUCAAUCAAAGCCUUGCUGACAGGUGUGACCAGUUAGAUGCAGCUCUGAAUGAAGCAAGUGCUCGCAUAAAAGCCCUUGAAAAUAAGAAUAAUCUGCUAGAAAAGCAAGUGGCAGAUUGGAGAGAGCGUUUCUAUUCCAUCAGUGACAAUUCCAAAGUGCUGCAGGAGCGGCUGGAGGAAAUGCGCACAAGCCACAAAGAGAAGGACAACACCAUCAGCCGCCUGAAAUCCAGGCUCAAGGAGCUGGAGGAGGCUUUUGAGAAGCUGUCUUACAAGUUAGCUGACAAUACAAACACAAGGCUCCAGGAGGAAAACAAAAUGUUUCAAAAUCUUUUAGGAGAAUACGAGUCCCUUGGAAAAGAACAUGAAAGAGUCAAGGAUACGUUAAAUACAACUGAAAACAAAUUGCUUGAUGCAAACACAGAGAUUUCUGAUUUGAAAAGGACCAUUUUAAAACUUGAAGCUCAACUCAAGCAGGUGGAACAUGAAAAUGCCCUGAAACUUCGCCAUAUAAGUGAAAAUCGUUUAAGAACCUCUUGUGCCAACAAGUUGGGAACUCCUGAUGUCAGCAGGCGAAAGUGGUUGAUACCAGGAGCUGAAUAUUCCAUUUUCACUGGACAGCCUUUGGAAGGCCAGGAAAGCCCCAAAGACAACAGGCUGGAAGAAACCUAUAUUCCUUGUAGGCACAAUUCUCCUCCUGAGAAAGACUCCUCACAGGAAGAUUCUUCAACAAACACAAUAGAAAAGAAAGAAAAUGAGAUGUCAGAAGCACCAAUUAUAAAAGCCUUUAGAGAACUUGAAGAAGGAAAAAUAUUUAAAGAUUGGGGUACACAGACAGAAAAAGAAGAUGCACCAGCUAAGCCAUCAACUCGGCGUCAGACUGUUGGGUUUGUUGAACCUUCUUUGGUUGCAAACCGAUCUCCAGAGAAAGGGAAGGACCAGCACAGACCCAAACGGUUCAGCUCCCCCUCUGGCCAGAGGUCAUCGUCCCUUCCUCCUGCCAACAGGAAAUCCAACACUCCCACAAGAAGAGAGAUAAUGCUGGCACCAGUGUCUGUGACAUACAGCCCAAAACGAUCUCCAAAAGAAAACCUCUCUCCUGGAUUUAGCCAUUUGCUCAGCAGAAAUGAAAACACAGUGACAAGAUUUGAUAUACUUCUAGAUGACCUGGAAACUGGUGCUACUUCUACUUUACAGCACAAUAAUCCAAGGAAAAGGCUCCAGUUUCACUCACUAGAUGAUGUAGAAGGAAGGCAGCAUUCGGGUGCCAGACACAGCUCCUGUGCUGAAUCUGUCAGUAAUGGAAUGAAGAAAGCUGCAGCCUGGGAGGAGAGGAGCCAAAGAUAUGAGGCAGAGCAAUCACCUUGUGAGGAAGAUUUCAAGUACACAGCAAGGAUUACAACUCUGGCUGAAACAGAGAGGCUUUUUGAUGAGCUGACUCAUGAAAAGCAACAGAUUGAGGCUGCACUGAGCCGCAUCCCUUGUUCUGGUGGAAGAAUGACCUUGCAAGCAAGACUAAAUCAGGAAGCCCUGGAAGAUCGUUUGGAAAGAAUUAAUAGAGAUUUGGGGUUAAUACGAAUGACUCUGAAAAGAUUUCAUGUUUUAAGAACCUCUGCAAAUCUUUGACAGUUCUCUCUUGACUGCAAAUAUUCUCUUUUUUUUUUU